CCAAUGCGCAACUCCAUUCCAUUCACUGGUCUCGACCGCCUAUUCCAACCUCGAGAGCAGCCGCUUCGAUAAGGUCACUUUUAUUGACAAAAGCGAGUCGCGGCGAAUUGUUACCAUUGAUCAUCGCAAGGACCGUUGCAUGCCUUGAGCUUCGGAAAACUGCCAUACCUGUUUUAGUUCAGUUGUUUUUGACCAUGAGACCGGCUGAAAGGAUCCGUUUGGAUAUGGAUUCUCUCCAUAAACACUUCUCCACACAGCCUCCAUCCGGUGGAGCAGGGGACGUUUCGAAUCGCGGGAGGACGGCACUCCCGAUCUCGCUAGAGCAGCCACGCACAUGGCAAACAACUCCUCUUACCCAUGGGGCUGUUCAUCUCCGAGGCUUCCUUUGUGCGGGACUAUCCGUACAGUUGUCGUUGGGUGGUCCAUCGUUCAGGAUCGAAAUCAGACGUUGCACCGGAUGGACGGUGGAAGAUCACCCCUCUCGAGAUAUCCUCCACCGAGCUUCUUCGUCCAGAACGACGCCAAUGCACCCCGCAAUCAACGACUUUGGUGAUAACAGGGGCCGGAGACAAUGGAGAAUGGCUAAAUGUCUUCCAAGUGUCCAUUCUUACCUUUUUCUUUGAGGACAGCGACCCCCUCACUUUUCCCAAACUACCAGGUGGACAAGCUACCUAAUAAUGGCUUCACUAUGUCGACGAUCCAUGAGUUGCCCUAAGGUAGUGCCCGGAUGGAUGAGGGGAAGUGGUUGCCAAAACAAAAGUAUACCAUGAAG